GCACACACACACACACACACACACACACACACACACACACACACACACACACACACACACACACACACACACACACACACACACACACACACACCGCACACACACAGAGAGAGAGAGAGAGCGAGUCUGGCUCGAGUGAGGGCAGUCAGAGGCAGGUACAUAAUUAUUGGAGAAACCUUCCAGUACAAUUCAAUGUCGAUCUUAUUUUUGCUUCAACAACGGGAAUAUACGGAGUGAAUGUUGCUCUUUGUGUAAUUAGGCUACCACAGUGAAUAGCUGCUUUGCUGUCGCUGGCACAAAGAAGGACUGUUUGUUUUUCCACUGUCCAAAAAGACUUCCAGUGAUGGAGUCUAAUCCUACUCAGUUACCUGUGGUACGGGACUCCAGCUGCUCUCCACCGAGCUCCAAACAGAACCGACCAACAUUCAACCCCAACCUGAAACCCAACCAGGUCAGCGAGACCGCGCUGUAUGGAAUACCCAUAGUCUGCCUGGUGCUGGACGGCCAGGAGAGACUGUGCCUGGCGCAAAUCUCCAACACUCUGCUGAAAAACUACAGCUAUAACGAGAUCCAUAACCGGCGUGUGGCGCUGGGCAUCACCUGCGUGCAAUGCACCCCGGUCCAGCUGGAGAUUCUGAGGCGUGCGGGCGCCAUGCCCAUCUCCUCGAGGCGCUGCGGGAUGAUCACAAAGCGCGAAGCAGAGAGGCUUUGUAAAUCGUUUAUCGGAGCCCACAACCCUCCAAAACUACCGGAUAAUUUCGCGUUUGAUGUUUCCCACGAGUGCACGUGGGGGAGCCGUGGUAACUUUAUACCAGCCAGGUACAACAGCUCCCGAGCCAAGUGCAUCAAAUGCUCUUUCUGUAAUAUGUAUUUUUCUCCCAAUAAGUUCAUAUUUCACUCUCACCGAACAUCAGAAUCCAAGUAUACCCAGCCAGACGCUGCUAACUUUAACUCCUGGAGGAGACACCUCAAACUGACCGACAAGGGCUCACCGGAUGAUUUAGCUCAUGCGUGGGAGGACGUCAAAGCCAUGUUCAACGGGGGCAGCCGGAAGAGGACGCUGCCCAUGCACCGCCACGGGCCCGAACGUUCCUCUCUGUUAAAACCUCACCAAGGACCUCCCAACCUGCUCCGGAGAGACUCGCCGGAGAUCCCCCCUAAAAUCCUCCGCUGCGAGGACAACCGGGGAGGCAUGGGGAGUAUGGCGAGCAUCACGCGCAGCUAUCCCAUUAUCCCGGUGCCCAGCAAAAGCUACGGGAUGCUACAGAACGUGAAGAUCCCUCCACCUCUCUUCCCACACCCAUACGGGUUUCCGGCCUUCGGGUUGUGUCAGAAGAAGGAUGACAGUGGUGUGAUGGGGGAACCGAAUAAAGCCCACCUCUCUGGCGUCUUCUCCUGGCCGCGCACCAAGGACAGCGCCUACCACUCUUUCCCCAUGUUCUGGCCUACUGUAGACGGCCUGCCCAUACCGUCCUUCCCCCAGCCCCAGCCACAGCACCAGGCCCAGCACCAGGCCCACCCCCAGCCACAGCACCAGGCCCAGCCCAAACAGCCAUCGGAGGUCCUGUGCGCUAGACAGAGUGAGCUGGACUCAUCCGAGCAGGGUGACAGAAAUAGCAAAGCACCAAAGGACAGCCUGGGGGAUAGUGAGCGGUGCUCCAGCACUCAGUCCACCCGGAAUGAGGAUGACAAGUCCGGGGAUGAGGCGAGGUCAAUGGACGGUAAAAUGCCUGUUCUGCCCCGGAAGAUUAGCUAUGUCUCCGCAUUCAGACCCGUCAUCAAAGACGCGGAGAGUAUAGCCAAACUGUACGGUAACCGGGGGAAGUACAACGGGGCUCGAGCUGGGUAUCUGUCACCUGAUUUCCUGAGCGAGAGCUCGAGCUACAGGUCCUUGUCGCCAGGCAGCGUGGAGAGCGUUGGCGAGACAGAUGUGGACGUGGAGACCAAUAAGUCACAUGAGGAUGAGGAGUCACUUCCGCACUCCAUUGAGGACUGCAGGAGCCCUCCUGUCCCUGUUCUAAGCCUGACGCGCGGUGCAGGUUCACCAAACGGCCUGGAAUCCAUACCUGAGCCAGAGCAGGCCGCUGUGGUCGACUCACAGAGAAUGAACCGACCUUUACAGGUGGAGCUGUCUUCAAAUAGAGAUAGACAGGGCAAACAGCUGCCGGACUGCAAUAACAUCACGUCUUUUGAUGAAGUGUACUCGCCGGACAGGAGCAGUCCAUAUGCUUUUGGUUCACCAACGAAUUACCAGACAGACAAUGUGGAAUCGAAAGAUGACUGUGCCAGUAGAGAGGAGCCAUCUUCGACAGUGAAGGAGGUUGAAAUGAAGUCGUAUAACGGCCAAAGCAGGGAGGAGGGCCCGAGAGAAGCACUGAACGAGGACGAAUUGCAGAAACAACUCACGGAGCAAGUGGAGCUAAGGAAGAAAUUGGAACGAGAAUUCCAACAUUUAAAAGAUAAUUUCCAUCAUCAGAUGAAAAGGGAGCUGUCCUACAGGGAAGAGAUGGUUCAGCAGCUUCAUAUUGUCAGAGAAGCUCAUGACGCACUACACCAAUUCUCCUGUAAGAUGCUGACUCCUCGUCACUGCACUGGAACCUGCUCCUUCAAACCUCCUCUUCUACCACCCUAGUCCCUUCCCACAGUCCGCCGUGGAGCCCCAUCCGUCUGGAAAGCAAGACUACUACCACCCUGAAGACUAGGCGUGCAGUAUCCAAAAUACUAGGCAGGGUCUGAGUUAGAGUAGACAAUUUAACACGAGAGCGACAGGGUCUGAGUUAGGGUAGACAAUUUGACACGAGAGCGACAGGGUCUGAGUUAGGGUAGACAAUUUAACACGAGAGAGACAGGGUCUGAGUUAGGGUAGACAAUUUAACACGAGAGACAGGGUCUGAGUUAGGGUAGACAAUUGAACACGAGAGACAGGGUCUGAGUUAGGGUAGACAAUUUAACACGAGAGAGACAGGGUCUGAGUUAGGGUAGACAAUUUAACACGAGAGACAGGGUCUGAGUUAGGGUAGACAAUUUAACACGAGAGACAGGGUCUGAGUUAGGGUAGACAAUUUGACACGAGAGCGACAGGGUCUGAGUUAGGGUAGACAAUUUAACACGAGAGAGACAGGGUCUGAGUUAGGGUAGACAAUUUAACACGAGAGACAGGGUCUGAGUUAGGGUAGACAAUUUAACACGAGAGACAGGGUCUGAGUUAGGGUAGACAAUUUAACACGAGAGAGACAGGGUCUGAGUUAGGGUAGACAAUUCCUAGUAACUUUCCAAAAAAUGUCCCAGAAAUCCUGGUUGGAAGAUUCCUAGAAUCAGAAAGGAAUAAGCAGGAAACCCAGAAUUCUCAAACCAGGAUUUCUGGGAAAGCUGUACAUUUUGGGAAAGUUACCGGAAUUUUGCAAACCUUGUCUGAGAAAUGAAAUGUGAUCAGCAUUUUAGAUCAUAAUACAUAAUAUUAUAUAGACGUGGAGGACCUGAUCCCAGAUCAGCACUGCUACUCUGAGAGGCUUUAUGAAUCCGGCCCUGGCCUCUAUCAAAUGACCACAUCAUUGCACCAGAGCAAUGCUUUGGCGUGAGGGAAACCUAGAGCCGUCAUUAGUCACUGCAUUAAUGAUAUUAAUUGUAACAUAUGAGAGAGAGUGUCUUCAGACUCGGUGUAUAAUUUAUAUAAAGUACAACAUGAAAAAUAUUAUAUGUUUAAUUGAAAAUAUGACCAUAACUUUUAUAAAUCAUUAAUAUACAGUACCAGUCCAAAGUUUGGAAACACCUACUCAUUCAAGGGUUUUUCUUUAUUUGUACUAUUUUCUACAUUGUAGAAUAAUAGUGAAGA